CCUAAAUUUCGCCACGCGCUUCAUUGUAUGCACGUGGGCUCGUUUCUUCAUUUAAAUUAAGUUUUUUAUCAGAAAUAUUAAAUAAAAGCUGCAAAACUAGUUACUAGAAAUAUGUCGUCCUCCUUUUUCCUUAAGCCAGGUGCCAAGGGCACCAAAAAACGGAAGAAUCCCACAGCAACAACAAAAGGAAAACCCCUCAAAAAAGGCAGAACAGCGGGAAAAUCAGCGCCUACAGCCGGCGAAACAGUGCCGAAAAAGCAGCGUCGACCAAAGGAGGAAGAUGAGGAAAUAGCUAGCGACGAUGAGGAGUACAACAGUGAUCUGGGUGGCGAAGAUGACACCCUGGCAUUUUCUUCUGACGAGGGCGAGGAGGAGACUGCGCAGGACAAGCGUCUACGUCUAGCCAAACAGUACCUAUCGGAAAUAGAGAAGCAGGAAGCAGACCGCGCAGAAGAUCAAGAACUAGCUCAGAGCGUGGAGCAACGUCUGCAAACGGACUACUUGGACAGCGUAGGCAAGCUACGCCGGAACAUCGCUGGAACCCUGAAAUCCUGCGAAUCACGCGGCAUCCUUAAGCACAAGGUGCACCACACGCCCAUAUGUGCCUUAACACUUAGUCCAGAUGGAAAAUUUCUCUUCACCGGAGCCAAAUCACAAUUCCUCCUCAAAUGGUGUACGGAAACGGGAAAAGUGCUGGAGAAAUCCGAUGUUCUGUCGCAUCGUGAGGAACCUGAAACGGGAAAAAAAAGACGAUCGCAUAUCAUUGCCAUCUGCAUCUCCUCUGAUACGAAGUUUCUGGCAUUGGCCGAAGGUGGUCCUAACAUUCAAAUUUGGUGCCCGCAGACGAUGAAGCAUGUUAAAACUCUGAAAGGACACCGGGAUAGUGUGGCAGGUUUGGUUUUUCGCAAAGGAACUCAUGAUUUAUACACAGCAGCCAAAGAUCGGUCGGUAAAAAUCUGGUCGCUGGAUGAAAUGGCCUAUGUGGAAAGUUUAUUUGGUCAUCAAACAGGUGUGACAAGUAUAGAUGCUUUAAGUCGAGAGCGUGCUAUCACCGCCGGCGGUUCGGACUGUUCCUUGCGGAUCUGGAAGAUCACAGAGGAGUCGCAGCUGAUUUACAACGGACACAAAGACAGCAUUGAGUGCGUUAAGUACAUAAACGAUGAACACUUUGUAUCUGGUGGAAUGGAUGGUGCCAUUAGUUUAUGGAGUGCCUUAAAGAAAAAACCCAUUUGCACGACACCAUUGGCACACGGAGUGGGAGAAAAUGGUGUCGCCAACUGGAUAACAGCUAUUGCUGUCGUGGUCAACACGGAUUUAAUGGCAACAGGCUCUUGUGAUGGUUACGUUCGUCUAUGGCAGACAAAUCCCAACGCGCGAAAAAUUAUUUUAAUACAGAGUAUAGCCAUCGCUGGUUUUAUCAACGGACUGGCGUUCAAUGCUGAUGGGACCAAGCUGUUUGUCGCUGCAGGCCAGGAGCACCGCCUGGGUCGCUGGUGGCGACUAAAGGAAGCCAAGAACCACAUAGUUGUAGUCGAUAUUAAGCUGCAAAGCGCUGCUAGCAGUUAGUUUUAUUUCUAAGCUUAAGUAAAGUUGUAUAGUUCUUUUAACAUGAUACGGCGUGAAAAAAAUAUAAUUAAAAGAAGAAUUUAAUAUUCUCCCAGAA